UAAUACAGAAACCCACAGGGGGAACAUAUAUAAAACCCUGCACUGUGGGGAAUGUUCAGCAGAUGAGACUAUCUUUCAAUUCUUCAUUACCAGAAGAUCUACUAUCUCACGGGAAUCAUGAUAAUGCAGAAACUCUGGACUCUCCUGCUUGCCAAUGCACUGAUCAUUUGUCAGAUGUAUGUUACACAGGCCGCUCCAUCCAGAACUAGUAAGGAGUCUAUGUCAGAUGGAAUCAUACUAUCGAAGGAUGAUGCCCAAAGGUUACUCCGAACUAUCACGGAGUUCAUGAAGAUAACUUCAGAUGAGCAAGACACAGCGGAUGGAAACAGCUUGGAUAGACCCAUGUCUAAGCGCUGCACCGGCUUAAGCACUUGUGUGCUGGGCAAACUCUCCCAGGAUAUUCACAAACUCCAAACCUAUCCCCGCACCAACGUGGGAGCAGGGACGCCUGGAAAGAAGCGAAGUCUAUCCGAGCAAUAUGAAAACUAUGACAACUCAUACAACUGAAACUCUCUAAAUCUAUUAUUUCUGUCUGUCUUUCUGAGUUAGCAGAUGCUUAUUCAUCCAUUCACAAGACUGCAGAUGCAUGUGGAGCCUAUUUGUCUGACUAACUUCAUGGAAACGCUCUUGCUUUAAUUUUGGCACACAUUGGACUUUGACAUUGUUGAGACUUAGAAUUAGCUACAAACUUAAUGUCACUUACGGGGUUCUGCACGUUACAAAAGAAAUUAGAAAGAGCUAAAAAACAUUGCUAUUAAAUAAUUGUUCUCUUCAUAGUAAGUAUGUUUCCCCUUAAAUAAAAUUAUCUAUACAUGGAA